AUGUCCCCUGAUUCUCUGGGAUCCGGAUCCGCAUCAACCUCUCGGCCCAGCGGAACGGGUCUGGGCCAGAACCAAAAUGUGCGCUGGCGCCCACCCCGGAAAUCGAUCGAUGCGGGCCGACUAGCCCGACAACGUUCACACCAGUCACACCACUCGCACGCGUCGCAUCGGUCCGUGGAUUCUUCGGUUCCAAACUCGCCAGCUCUCGGGCCUGGCUCUGGGUCUGGGGCAGACCGGAGAAAGAGUUCCGGACUGGGCCAAAAACCGCGCUAUAGAUGGUUGUCCCAGCCGGGGGGAGGGACGGGGGAUGAGCCCGGUGUGAACGUGAGGAGCCGGAGGGACGAGGAGGCGUAUGGAGGACUCAAGGGGGCGACGACGGUUACGGUUGUGGAUUAUGCGAAUUAUACGCCGCCGCAAUCUCAGGCUGGGGGGGAUAUGAAUUUCCGUGUUGAAUUUCCAGGCGAGAGGCUGGGGGAGUGGUUGGCUGGGGAAGGGAAACGGAAGGUUGGGAAAGAUGGGAAGAGUGUGGGUGUGAGAUGGAUCCACGUCCAAGGGCUGAAUUGGGAAGUCAUCAAGACCUUGACGCUGAACUACAACCUCCACCCCCUCGCCGUCGAGGACGCCCUCCGGAGCUCCAACUCCCCGCGCUCCAAACUCGACUUUUACCGCUCACACCUAUACCUCCAGCUCCUCAUCCACCACAUCCACCAUUCCGACGAAGAGGCCAUCGAGGCGGCAUUGCAGGGACCAAGGCGAAAAGGAACGAUCGAGCGGCUCAAGGAGGUUCUAGGCCGUGGAAAGGCACGAGGAGGACCGGGGCUAGGACAAGGACCGCAGGGGUUUAGCGGGUCCGGAUUGAGACUGCCGGAAGGUGUGGAAGGGGUGUUUGAGCCGAGUGUGGGCGGUAGCAAGUUGCAGAAUGGGGAAUCGCCAUACCAGAAAGAAGCGCAUCGCUUGACGGUCGAUCAGCUCAGUGCGAAAUAUAUGGUACCUAUUCGCCGAGGGAUCAUUAGCAUUUUCAUGACUCGUGAGGGCACGAUCAUCACCCUCUCUCAGCGCCGAUUCAGGGAGGUCGUUAACCCCAUUUAUGAGCGACUGGAGGAUGAUCAGUCUUUACUCAGGCGGAGCGCGGAUGUCAGUAUGCUCGCGCAGGCGUUUUUGGACAUUGCGGCGGAUUUGGCCGUCGAGGUUUCCCAAACAUUCGAAGCCCAGAUCCUUCGACUCGAAGCGAGCGUCCUGGUCGAUCCCGAAAUCGCCACGGUCCGACACCUCCAUAUCCUCUCCUCCCAGCUCAUCCGGCUUCGGAGAGCCAUGACGCCCCUCCUCCACAUCACGUCCAAUAUCCGGGAUCAGGACGCUCAACGCUCCGCGGCGGCGUCGGCCAUUCCCGUCAAAGUUGAGCGGGGCGGGAGCAUCAUCUCGCUCGCUGGUGCUGGUGCUGGCGCCGGUGCUGGUGGACACAGUGGUCAGUCGGCAAACACUUCGGUACAGAGCCUGACUAUACCCGAAUACACGCCGACAAUAUCGUCGAUGCGGGAUCCGUCCGCUCGGGGCGGGACGGGCGUACCUGGCUGGGCAACACCGCGGGAAGAGCCCGGAUCGAAUCGCAGCUACAUGCCAUCAACGUCGCACACCCCGCCGCCGCCUUCCGCAUCCGCUGGACUUUCGGCUGGUUCGAACGGCGCGCCCGCCGUCGGAUACUUUUCGCCACUCACCAAAAUCUAUAUUGGGGACGUCCUUGACCAUCUGGAGAUGGUGGUGAGCAGUAUGGACCAGUACGUGGCUGUGUGUGAACAUCUCACUGAAUAUAUAUUCAAUAUUCUCUCCUUCAACACCAACGAGUCGAUGGAGCGCCUCAGCAUCGUGACUGUCAUCUUCCUACCAUUGACCUUUAUCUCAUCCUUCUUCGGAAUGAACUUCACGGACUUCCCACAACUCGACCAGAGCGUGAAUUACUUCUGGAUGGUUUCCACUCCCCUAACCUUCGGCUUCUUCGUCAUCUUCUCGUUCAGCUACAUCCGGUCCUUCUUCGAAACGGGCUGGAGGAAGACGCAACGAUGGAGACAGCGGAAAGAGGUAGAGGGACGGUUCAGGCGUGGAGUCGGAGGAGGGCUGGGACCGAAGGGCGAGUAG